UUAGCCAGGAAUGUACACUAGAUGGCGCUCCUCCGAUGCGCCCUCACUGUCAAAAAGGCCUAGAAGAAGAAGUAUCACUUGUUUGGACUCCAGCUGCUAGUGACUGAGUUUUCCGGAAGCGACGAGGAACAUCUGCAGAGGUCCUGCAGCUUGUAGGUGCAACUUGCAGCUAUUAUUAAAUGAAGUAAGCAGAUGUAGAGCCAGCCAUGGCUCCAGAGCGCUCAGCGUCGAGGACGGCACGCGGAACUGUAUCAGCUGAUCCCGGAUCGAUAGGUUGAGGCGAGCAGCUGCAGAUGUCAUCAUCGCUUCCUGUGUGAAUCUCAAGGCCGUCGCUUUGGACACGUAGCCGUAACUUCAACACGGCCGCAGGAGGAGGACUAUGUCCCGCUCCAGCCGCAGGUUCGCCAAGCCUCCGCCGCAGAGCAACGGCGGCUCCCUCCCCGGCUGCGACCGGGCGCGGAUCCCCAGAGCCCGGGUCCUGCUGCUGGGUCUGCUCGGCGUCCUGGUGCUGGCGGUGGUGCUGAGUGUCUACCUGUCCAACGACGCCUCCGGCGGACAGGGGAGCCACCUGCCAGCCGUGGAUCUGGCCAAGGACAGGUUGUCCCACAAACCCAGUAAAGUCUCUGUGGCCCAGAUCCGCCGCCUGGCCUCUUUGGUUGAUGGCGCUCGCUUGUGGGAGACUCACCUGCGGCCGAUCCUAAUAGAGAGGCUCCCAGGGACUCGGGGCAGCCUGGCGGUGCAGCAGCACAUCACCUCCACCCUGUCCUCCCUGUCGGCUGGCUGGUCAGUGGAUCUGGACUCCUUCCGGUCUCCGACCCCUCGCGGUCAGGUCACCUUCACCAAUGUCGUUGCCGUCCUGGACCCCGCAGCCCCACGCAGGCUCCUGCUGGCCUGCCACUACGACUCCAAGGCCCUGCCUCCGGACCCGCGGGCCCCAGAGAGGGUCUUCCUGGGGGCCAGCGACUCUGCUGUGCCCUGCGCCAUGAUCUUGGAGCUGGCCGCUGCUCUGGACGCACAGCUCAGAUCAUUCAAACAGCAGAAACUCCCAGUCACCCUGCAGCUUGUGUUUUUCGACGGUGAGGAGUCGUUCGAGGAAUGGACGGCCACGGACUCGCUGUACGGCUCCCGUCACCUGGCCGAGCUCAUGGGCAACACGCCCCACCCUGCCGCCUCGUCGCGCACCACCGCGCUGCAGGCCGUGGACCUUUUCGUGCUGUUGGACCUGCUCGGUGGCCCCGACCCGCUGAUUGCGAAUCACUUCGACAACACAGCACGCUGGUUCGACAGACUGAUCUCUGCAGAGAAGAGGCUCCAUCGGCAGGGCCUCCUCGUGUCUCACCCCUCGGAGCAGACGUAUUUUAGGAAAGACGUUUACCUCGGACCCGUUCAAGACGACCACAUCCCCUUCCUUCACAAAGGCGUCCCCGUGUUGCACAUCAUCGCCACUCCCUUCCCUCAGUUCUGGCACACACUGGACGACACGGAGGAGAACAUGCACCGCCCGACCGUAGAGAACCUCACGAAGAUCAUGGCCGUGUUCCUGGCCGAGUACCUGGGCCUCUGAACCGAAAAAUGCCAAAUACCUCGGAGGAGAACAAAGCCAGCCUCUGGUCCAGCUGAUCUGGACGAGUCAGACGAGAUGGACCCGGUGUCUCAAUGUCCCGUUGAAGCAAAUGGGAAAACAUGUAGAAAAACAUGAGCAGCCUUAACAAGAAUUUACCCCCGUCAAUAUGAAGAAGAUGCACUUUAUCUUCUUAAAGAUGGACUUUCAUUAAAUCGAGCUGAGCUCUGUCUGUGACGCUCAGAUUUCCCCUGGUCACUGAAGGCCUCUCUCACCUGCUGCUUUUAACUUCAUCACAAUCUUUACUGUAGACGUCCGGCCGCGCUCUCUGGAAGUCCAAAUCACUUUUAUUUAUUUCUUUUUACACUCUGAAGGUCAAAACGUUACACUGUAGCUCAUACAGACCAGUUUACCAGCAUUGUCCUCGAAUUGAACUCAAUAUUUGACAUGAAUGCCCCGAUGUUGUGUCUAAACGCCUGUGAAUCAAUUCUGCUGAUUAUCUCGAUUAUUUUCAUUUUAUAUCUUCUUUGUGUUGUUAGUCAAUAAAAUCCUAGCAGUCUU